UGCAACAAAUUUUAGUUUCCGCUGAACAUUCAUUAAAUACGUUUGCUGCGUAGUUUCGCUAUUUGCCUGGCACUAUUUAAUUGAUCCAAUGAGUAAUCAAGAACAAAGUGAUCAUCAAUCUCAAGCGCCAGUCGCCCCAACUCCGCCGCCGUUGCCAUCGUGGAUAGAACCGUCCGCCUUUGAAACAGUUUUUCGUGAAGUAUGUCCGGAGUUUAAACAAAUCAAAGAUUUCAAGGCAAUACCUGCCUUGGGAGCUGGAGAAAAUUAUGCCACUGUAAUGUUGCGUUUGAACGCCGAUGUGGAAUUGAAGGAUGGUUCAUCGAAAAACAUAUCCUUUAUGAUGAAAACCGCCCAUGACAGUGAAAUCUUCCGUCAAAUGAUGCAAAUUCACGAUGUGUUCGUAACCGAAUCGGAAAUCUAUCGUGAAGUGAUUCCCGAAUUUGAGCAAAUGUAUCGCGAAGUUGGUCUCGAGGUGACAUUUGGUGCCAAAUCCUAUAGUUUGGAUGUUCAGAGUCCCUACAUUCUAUUGGAAGAUUUAAGUCCGAGAGGAUUUAAAAAUGAAAAUCGUCUGGAGGGCUUAGAUAUGGAACACACAAAGGCGGUGCUCAAUAAAUUGGCCCAAUGGCAUGCUGCCAGUGCGGUACGUGUUGCCAACAAGGGUCCGUAUAAACCCGAACUGUGUAUGGGUUUCCUCAAAGAAUCUGCCCGCGAAAUGAUGCGCUCCAUGUUCGAGGGUUUGUGGUCCAUAUUCAUUGAGUGUGCCAAGUCAUAUGAGGGCAUUGACGAAUAUCUCGGUGCAAUGAUUGCUGCCAAAGAUAAGUUUAUGGAAGAGUUCCUCCGUCUGGCCGAAGAAGAGAAACGUGAUUUCUGUGUCCUAAAUCACGGUGAUUGUUGGGCAAAUAAUGUCAUGUUCCAACACGAUGCCUUUGGCAAAAUCAAAGAAACUUAUUUGGUAGAUUUUCAAACACCCAGAUAUGGUACACCGGCUCAAGAUUUAUACUACUUUUUGAUAUCCUCCACGAAAUAUGAAUUGAAGACAAAACAGUUUGAUUAUUUUGUGAAAUACUAUCACGAUCGUCUGGUGGAAUAUUUGAAGCUAUUGAAUUAUUCCAAGAAAAUAAUAAGUCUGAAGGAUUUGCACAUCCUGCUGUAUAAAUACGGAAUGUGGGGCUAUGCCACCAUGUCCGGAGUCAUGGCUGCUGUUCUCUUGGAUCCCACUGAAGACAUUCCGGCCGAUAGCUUUUUCGCUGAAUCCGAUGCUGGCAUAAAAUUCAAAAUGCAAAUGUAUUCUGGAUCUCGGUAUCGUAAACACUGUGAAAUGUUAUUGCCCUGGCUAUAUAAUCGCGGUGCCUUUUAAGAUUUUUUUGCGCAAUGGCAGCGUGUCAGUAUUGAGUGUUUCCAUUAUAAAGCAGAUAAUAAAUAUAAAUUAUUUUAAUAAUUUUUAUUUUAGUUGUUAUUUGUGUUCUUUUUUUGUAAGAUGUGCAUACAUUCUAAUCUAAUGUUUUGCAGAAAAUGAGUAUCAAUUGUUACCCCCUCCCAAUUUUCUUGUACAUACAUACAUGUAUGCAUAUUUAUAUUAAUUAUUGUGAAGCAUUCCAAA